CGACUUGCGUCCUGCGUCCUUGUGUGCUGAGACCUUUGGGUGACGGGUGCCCCCGACUGGUCGAGAUUGACUUCGGACGUAUGUCUGUCGAUACGGAUGAUCUGAAGUACUUUCUGAAUGCCAAGAAGAACACCCUAAAGUGCUUACAAAUAAAGUGGUCGGUGGAUGGAACGAGGAAUGGAGGACUGCCACAACUGAAAGUGCUGGAUCUACCACACGGAUACGGUGUGGAAGAUAACACAGUAAUUGCCAUCAGCCACGGAUGUCCCGGUUUGCGGCAGCUCUCCGUCACUCACGCUACGAAGCUGUCGCCUGCUGCCUUCUCGGAGAUUGACCGUCUAGAACAUCUUGAAAUACUAGAUGUGACAGGUUGUAGCAGACUCGGCGGAGGCCUAUUCCCCUACCUCGUCGGGCUACCGCGACUUCACACAUUGCGAAUGGGUACCAUGUAUUUCGGUACCACGUAUUUUACAGAGUUGCAGCCAGGUGUGAGCAGCAUCCUCAAAUUGUCAGGUUUGCGCUGUCUGACAUUCGAUUAUUCGGAUGUUACUGGAGAGCCUUUUGAUAAGUUUCCGGAGAAUCUCAUCAGUCUCAGAGCUCAUAUCAAAAAGGGGAGAAUUUUCUCUGCUCGUGAGAAACUUCGCUGUGUUUAUUCGUAUGAAAUCGGAGAAUGUUCUUCAUGUUGAGCAAGGUUACCCACUCAUUUACUCAAGCUGAGAACACACUCAGGGAGCUGAGUGUCGAAGGGUGCCGAGGUGACCCCAGAGCCACAGACGGGCUGACCGAGCAGAUGCCCAAUCUCGUAAUCCGCGGCACGGUCCACGCUGAGCUACAGCCUUUCUACUUCGAGGCACUCGAGGAUGUAGGGCCCGGCGAAGCAGACGAAGCGGUGGACGACCGUUCGGAGAGUGACGAAGACCGCGACAGUGAUAGUAGCGUCGGCGGCAGUGACAGUGAGAGAGGUUGAGAGCACUAUAUCUGUAUGUAUAAAAAUGAUGUGAAAUUUAUAGGAAAGUACAAUUCUCAGUACUUGUCAACAUAAGCGGAAACUGUUUUGAAGGAAUAUAACAAAUAAUUUUAGAAAUGUGUAGAAGAAACAGUAAUGUUGUUUGAAUACCUGCUGUAAUAAUCUGCAAUAAUGUUUGAUUCUUGUUGUAACAACAAUGGAUUCACAAUGAAACAAAUUUUUUAAAUGAUAAAAUGGCUACACAGAUCAGGUAGCAAUUCAUAAAUAGCACUGACAAUGUUUUUUUGCAGUAAGUCGAAUUUAAAAACUUCUUUGUUUUUAUAAACCUGUGAAACAAUAAUAAAUGAGGACUGCUACCUUGUUAUUUUAAGUGUUAAUUAUAUUUAUCAGGAUACUACUAGAUACCAUUUUUAAAUAUUAAAUUUCAUUUGGAGGAACCACUUUGUGAUUAAAAUACACGACAGACUCUUUUACGAAUGAACCACACAUCACUAGUGUAAUACUGUACAGCAUUUAUUAUUUGUUACACAAACCAGUUUUUGGCUGAUAAGUCACUGUCGGGUAUGAAGAUAAGUAAGUGGUAAAGUGAAAUUGGUUGGAUCAAAGAUUUUAAAGUAGUCCAUCUAAAGAGUAUUUCUGUUUCCAGAGGUGAAAAAAAAUUAAUGUUACAAGAAGGAACAAAUAAAGGAUUAUUUCAGUGUAAA